AUGAAAGCAUCUCACUACUGGAACCCCACUCUUAAUCACCUUCAGGAUAAAUUGUCACCUGUUGUCACCAUCACUGAAGAACUUCUUAGACAACGUGCAGAGCAUAACAACCGUGAACUUUUUUCACUGGAAGAAAUCUCCUUGCACCAGCAGGAAAUAGAAAAACUAGAAUACAUUGACAAAUUGUGUCGAGAUUUAAAAAUCCUCUAUCUUCAAAAUAACCUAAUUCCAAAAAUUGAAAAUGUAAGCAAACUAAAGAAGCUUGAAUAUUUAAAUUUAGCUUUGAACAACAUUGAAAGAAUUGAAAAUUUGGAAGGAUGUGAAGAACUGCAGAAACUUGACCUGACAGCAAAUUUCAUUGGAGAACUGUCCAGUAUUGAAAUUCUAAAACAUAACAUACAUCUUAAAGAACUCUUUCUGGUGGGGAAUCCAUGCACUGAGUUUGAAGGUUACAGACAGUUUGUGGUGGCAACUCUUCAUCAAUUAAAAUGGUUGGAUAGUAAAGAAAUAGAACGUUCCGAGAGGAUUCAGGCAUUGCAGAACUAUCGACAAGUAGAGAAGCAAAUUAGAGACCAGGAACAGGUUUACCUUCUCCAAAGGGCCAGAGAAAAAGAAGAGGCCCUAAAAAAAAUACAAGAAAAGCAGGAGAAGAAGAAAGAAAAACAAAUAAAACCUAAACCUGGAUUUGACGGACGUUGGUACACAGACAUCAACAACAUCAACCCAGAUCCUCUAGAAGACAAAGAAAACCACCAGCAGAAAGAAACAGAAAAGGAAUACCAAGAAUGGAAAAUACAUAAAGAUGAUGAAGAGGACAGAGCUUUUUGGGAGGAGCCCACAUCUUAUACUCCAGAGUCUAGAUUAGAAGCUCACAGACAUCUUGAAGAAAAACGGAGAGUUAAAGAAAAUAUAAGAGGGCAAAAAGUGAAAGAGAAGCCACCUAGGACUUUGAUCACUGCAGAAGGAAAAGUUCUGAAUAUGAAUGAGCCAAAACUUCAUUUCUUUUUGAAAGAUGAUGAAGAAAACAACCAGUUCAUCCUGGAUCUUGCUGUUUAUAGACAUCUGGACAGCUCUCUAAUUGAUGUUGAUGUCCAGCCAACUUACCUCCGCGUAAUGGUGAAGGAUAAGCCAUUUCAACUUGUGCUUCCUGCAGAGGUGAAGCCAGAUAGCAGCUCUGCUAAAAGAUCUCAGACAACUGGACAUUUAGUUAUCAGCAUGCCAAAAAUUCAAGAAAUAAUUAUGGCUAACCGAAAAACACCCACUUUGGUCAAACCUUCUGACAGCAAUAAACUGCAGACCAAUAUAAAAAGGGAGCGAGUUGAGAAACUAGAAGUGGAUCCUAGCAAAUAUUCAUUCCCUGAUGUGGCAAACAUAAUCCAAGAAAAGGAGAGAAUUGGGCAAGGACCUAUUAAUCUGCAGCAACAAAAGGUUAUAGACACUGAGAAUAGUUAUGUUGACUUUGAAGAUAACCAAGAUGUUCCACCCUUAAUAUGA